AUGUUACAGCUCAAGUUAAAUCCAGGAACCCUACUAUGGAAAGCCGUGUCACUGCUCAUGGAAAUUAAUGGAGUCGCCAUUGUCAAAUGCUCACCCGCUGGUUUAUUGAUGAAGAAUUUGGUCCUAAGGCCUGGCGUUGUUGCAGAAUUCCAAAUCAGUCCUUGGAGUUUCAAUAGCUAUUAUUGUGAUGGAGACUACACGGUUCUUAUCGGCCUCUUGUCCUUGUCCGAUGUACUGAAGUCCAUUAGUGAUCAAGAAUCUCUCACUAUCACUUACACCUAUAAAAAACCUAAUUCCAACCACGUUCAGAUCACCAUUGAGGAUACCACUGGAAUUCGGAGCACCAGUGAGGUGAAAAUACGUCAUGCCCCCAUUGAGUAUGUGUAUCCAUAUGUGUCACCAUUCGAACACAAGCGGGUUGUUGGGAUACCAUCAAGCAAGUUUAGGCAAAUUUUGACACAUUUGAGGCGUUUUGGUGAGACAGUGAACAUACGUGUAACUGCUGCACAAGUGAAACUCACCACAGCAAAUAGGGAGAUGGUCCUCACAAAGCAGCAUGGGUGCUCCAUUUUAGUCAAUGGAGGAGAUGAUCCGGUUCUUUUGGUGAUCAGUCUGCAAUAUGUGAAGUCAUUCCUAGAAGCAUCAAGACUGUCAUACACAGUAUGGAUGCUAAGGUUGGUGUACCCUGAAUUUCUGUUGGGUACCGGAUGA